AAACAUCGAAUUGCAAAAAAAAGUUGAAUUUUUCUCAAACUUUGUGGAUUUUUGUUGAAAUUUCGACAAAAAACUUGCGCAAAAAGCGACAAGUCAAAUGGCGACCAUGGAAGAUGAGAACGACGAGAGUUGGUUGUACGGAAAUUCGGAGGGAAAAGACACUGCGAGUGAACAACCGCCCGGCACGGAAGAUGAUGCGGUGACAAAAGUUGAUGGCGAGGAAAAUGCAAAAAACAAUUCGGUAGCUCCCGUCGUCGAAACGGAGGAUGGCGAUGCGAAAGAUGAUGAACCCGAAGAAGUUGCAAAUGACGAAGAAGUGCAUUUCCAGCCCGCGAACGAAAUGGAAGACGAAACGAUGGAAGAAGCGUUUCACGAAGACGAUGGCGAAGAAAAAUCUUCGAAAAACCAAAAGUCCGAAGAUGAAGAUUCCGAUAGCGAUGAAGAUGACGAUAUCAAUGUCGUAAUUGGCGAUAUCAAAUCGGGUCCGACGUACAAUAUCAAGCAUCGUGGGCAGAUAAAUUCGGGCGCUCCAAAUGCCGCAGGCGCAAAACAACCCGCUGGAAAGUUCAAUAUCGAAGAAUUCGAGUCAGUUGGCACAAUUGCCGGGGUUGCAGCUCACGAAUUUUCCAUCGAUUCGCUCGAAGAUAAGCCAUGGCGAAAACCGGGAGCUGAUAUUACGGAUUAUUUCAAUUAUGGCUUCAACGAGGAUACAUGGCGAUCGUAUUGCGAGCGACAAAAGAGAUUUAGAGUUGCGGAAAGCGGCGUUGGAUUGGCAAGUUUGUCGCAACAUGUCACACAACCUGUCCCGAAUGCAAAUGGACCAUCGACUGGGCAAGGAAUGGGAGGAGGAUUCAUGUCGCGACGCUUUGGAGCACCGAGAUUUCGUCAUCCGGGACAUAUUGGGGUCAUUGGAGGCGAAAAUCAUCAAAAUAAUCGCGAUAAUAUGGAUCACAUGGGAAAUAGGGGCGAUGGCGAUAUGAGUCCCAUGAAGAAUCAGCAUCCGAAAGAGAAUGUAAUUCAAGUUAUGACAGCAGAUCGACGCGAAUACAGUCGAAUGAAUCGCGGUUUUGGCAUGGAUGAUCAACCUCCGAUGAAUGAACAGCCAUUUUAUGAGGAGAAUCAGUUCAAUUACAUGAAUCAGUAUGAACCGACGCAAGAUUCGCAAGCAUGGAUGGGCGGCGGAAACUCCGCAUGGGGUCCCAGUGGCAUCAAAGAACUCACGCCAGGCCCGAAUCUCAUGCAACAACAACAAAAUAUGGGUCCGCCGGGGCAUCAUGGACCUCCGGGACACAUGGGAAUGCCUCCGGGAAUGAAUAUGGGCCCAAAUAUGGGCGGAAAUCAUCCAAAUAUGGGAGGCAUGAACAUUCCAUCGCACAUGAAUGCGCCGCCAAACCAAAAUCGAUACGAUAAUCGACGAGGCGAUAUGGGAAGAGGUCCUCCCAUGGAUCGUAAUGAUAGAAUGCAACGGAGACGAAGCAGAUCGCCGAGAUCACGAUCUCGAGAUCGAAUGCGACGUCCUCGUUCACGUAGCUUUGAUCGCGGAGGCGGAAAUAUGAAUGUAGCUGGAGGAAGUUCGAAGAGAAUGCGUUCUCGUUCGCGUGAAAGAUCAAAAAGACCGAGAUCCAGAUCGCGUGAACGAUCGAAGAGACCGAGAAGUCGAAGCAGGGAUCGCACAAAACGCUCAAAGUCGAAGGAUAAAGAUCGCAAGAGAUCGAAGAGUAAGGAUAAAGAUCGCAAAAAAGACUCGAAAGAUUCGAAGGACAAGGAAAAGAAAGACAAAAAAUCGCAUAAGAAGGACAAACCCGAAAAGGAAGCAGAAUAAUAGUAAAAUUGUACUCUCAGGUCAUUUGAUAAGAAAUUCGAUUUUUUGUUAUGUAUCGAAAACAAGAAAAAAAUAUAUGAAAAAAAAAACGU